AUCGUGACCUGUGCUCGCAUAGGAGCCCCGUCUCACAUGAUACAGUUUUGCGUUUAAAAUGUGCCUAAACGAGAGACAAUUGUGAGGUUUUUUUGAAAAAUGGAAGCAGUGAUUCGUGAAGGAGCACUUCGUUUAUUGACAUCUGAGACAUCCUGUGAUGUUAUCUUGAGUUGUCAAGGACAUCGCUUAAUGGCCCACAAACUAAUCCUGUCAAUUGCUAGUCCUUUGCUACACGACCUGCUGUUGCAAGACACGACCGAGCCAUCCGUCCUGAUCUUCCCCGACAUCAACAGCAACACCAUGUCCCAAAUCCUGGAUUACAUCUACACCGGAAGCGUCAUCAUUUACUCAAACACAAUCAACGACUUCAUCGCGGCAGCAAAUCUCUUGAAAUUGCACAUCGAUGUCGAGUUUUUAGAGAAAACAAACACGUUCAAGGAAUAUAAAUUGUUUGAGAAAAAAGAGGAGGACGUGUACAGUAAACGAAACCAAAGGAAAUUGCCCAGUUUAGUGCCCAUUUCGAAUUUCGCGCCCAAUCGAGGCAAGGAGCGGAAAUUGGUGAGCUGUGUUAUGCCCAGUCCGUGGAUGCCCAGAGAAAUGCCCGUUUUGUCCGACCCGAGAACAUGCCUUUCAGGCCCUGAAAGAUCGAGUGUUCAUCAAAAACGUAAUAGAGUAGAAGAAAGCGAUCCAAAUAACAACAAUUCGCAACACAAGAAAAACAACACCAACAAUGCAUUAUCAUCAAACUCAAAUUCUUCCACAGAAUUGGACUUAUCUACCUCAUUAAAUCAAUUAGUCUUUGAGCAAAAACUCAUACCUCAAUUAAAUGAUUCGUUAGCGGUUGAAAAUGACAAGUGUGUUAACACGAAAAAUAGAACACUUUGCACUAGGAAAGAAGAAGAAACAGAGGAGAAAAAUACAUGUCAUGAAAAACAAAAACCUUUCAAGUGUGAAGACUGCAAGAAGACUUUUAGUCAGUUGCGGAAUUACAAGUACCAUCGAUCUGUACAUGAAGGAACGAAAGAGUUUGCAGCCAAAUGUCCCGAAUGUGGUAAAAACUUCAAUGAUCGAGGAUAUUUAAGCAGUCAUAUGAAGAUACACCGUGACCGGAAAGAAUAUGCUUGUCCACACUGUCCAAAAAGGUUCAAUCAAAGAGUGGCUUACAACAUGCAUCUACGAAUUCACACAGGAAUAAAGCCACACGAAUGCCCCACAUGUGGUAAAAGCUUCUCGAGAAAAAUGUUGUUGAAGCAACACCAACGUGUUCAUACGGGAGAAAGACCGUAUUCUUGUCCGGAAUGUGGAAAAACUUUCGCAGAUCGAUCUAAUAUGAGCUUACAUGCCAGGCUACAUACAGGCGUGAAACCCUACUCGUGCAAUUUAUGUUCCAAGAGUUUCACGAAGAAACAUCACCUGAAAACACACAUGAAUUUCCACACUGGACUGAAACCGUAUACUUGUCAGAAAUGCGGAUUGGCGUUCUCGCAAAGCAGCAACAUGAGGACUCAUUACAAGAAGUGCGUUUUGAAGAGCAACGGGGGGCCCUCGUCGGCCGAUGCCGACAGCAAUUGAUGCGAAUUCUCUCCAAUUUUAGUGUAAUUGAAAACUGUGAUACUUAGAGUAAUCGGUUAAAAAAUAUAUCCAAUUUUUGUAUACGUUAUUUAUGAUGUAUUUAUGAAUUAUUUAUUUAUGAAUAAUAAAACAUUUAAGUUUUUCAA